AUCCUCGUUAAUGAUUGCGCGCUCACGUGACCUGUUGCCACGGUGACACGUGACGCGCCGCGGCGCACCUGACGCUCGGAUCGGCUCCUUGGGAACGGUGCUUACUGAGCAGUGAUGCCUACACGGAUAGAGCAGCUCUCGAGGCCCAAACCAAACCUGCUCAAGUUCCCUGACAGGCGCUCGGUAUACUGGCUUGAUGAACUACCAGCCAGGCCAAAGAACACCCCUACUGUCUUUGAACUGACUCCUCGCUUGGAGCAGCUCAGCCAGAGCAAACAAUCCAGCCGUUUCAUUGAGGAGAGCAGAAGGUCACCGGAGUGGAUGGUUAGUGCAGCGGCGCUAAAAGCAUGUCCUACUGAAAGAGUGUGUUCACUGGCACUGCCUCGUGUGCCAGCUGAUGGAUGGCAGCCUGAACGCCCUCUGCUGGCCACUUUAAGUGUUGCGGUUAAAUCUGCUAAUCCGAGUCCAAGAAUAUGUCAGCUGGCGCAACCAAAGCGGGUGAAGACGCUGCUGACGUACCGCAGCGUCGAUUCAAGCACCUACGCCAUCAGCGUUCCCAUCACACCCUCCUCACGCAUACUGCAACUGGCUUCUCCUAAGCAGGUGCACGCGCAGCACUCUCUCGCGAGGCCGGUUUCUUGGCCGGUUCCAGAUUGCGUCCGGAAGGCAGUAGCCAGCGAGAGAGUGCAGGAACUGGCCAGACCCAAGACCCGUCAGGCCCUGUUUGAGGGGUACGACCCCUACCGGGUCAGUCCCGCCGCUCGGGUCGCCACAGCGUCUCCCAGACUGCAGGAGCUGUCUUUACCCUUACCACGCAAAUGUAAACCAGGCCAGUAAACCAUCAUCCUGCCACCCUUUGUCAAGCUCUAGUUUUCAGUCACGUGACCGGUUUGUAGACCUGGAAGGAAAUCAUCCGUAGCACAAGGGUGUCAAUUUUCGCAGCAGCAUAUAUUUAGAUCACCUCUCAAAACAAUAAACAUCAAAUCACCUUUAUUUGUAGAGCGCUUUUAACAAUACAGAUUGCGUCAAAGCAUUCGGAGAACGGACUGUCAUUAAUGCAUUAUGACAAGAUUAAACACUAAAUAUUUCGAAGGCAGCAUUGUACAGCUUAGUUUAGUUUAAGUAGUAUCUAAAAUGAAGGUAUGUGAAAAAAUUACGUUUUGGCAAUUUGCAAUCCGUAGUAAGCAAUAUUUGAAAUAUGUUGAAUAUUUCAAUCAACAAACAAAACUUAAAGUGCCGUAAUAUAUUUAAAAUGGUAAUAAUAAAAGAACAAAAUCUGUAUUCGCCAUAUUAAUAAUGCAUAGUUUACAUAGGCAAACAGAUGAGGCCGAAAUAUGAACACAAUCCGCUUAUGGUUUAGUGUUUUCCUUCCAACGUUUUUUGGAAUCCGUUGGGAAAUGGGAUCCUAUGGGAAACCAUUCCAUGCGAAACUCGCGUAAACUAUCGAUUGCUGUAAAUUUUCAGCAUCAUUACUUCAGCGUUCAGUGUCACACAGUCCUUCAGAGAUUUGCCGAUCUUGAAACAUUUGCAAACAUUAUCAAUCAUAUCAUAUUUUUGUUGGAAUUGUUUUGUGUCGUUGUGUUGUAUUCUCUUUCAUUUUGUGUUGCUGAACAGAAAGUUCGAUGAACAGCAUUUAUUGGAAAUAAAAAUAUUUUGUAAAAUGUA